AUGGCAGACCGACGACGCAUUAAUGGCCCUGGAGGUAUCACAGUGGCACCUGUCUAUGAAGCAGAUGAGUUUGUUGUUUCCACUCGGACUCGCGCUCCAAAUGGUAUCAGGGCACAAUCGCCCUUCUCCCCUCACAUGGUCCUCUCUACGCAUGUCAAAUACGCACCUUUUGCAACUCGUCAAAGAAGGGGUUAUUUACGCGAUUCUACCGAGCGUGACUUGAGCACCCAUCUCGAAGCAGCUCUCAGGGGUGCACUCAUUGCAGACCGUUGGCCCAAGAGUGGAGUGGAUGUGGUUGUUACCAUUAUUGAAGGAGACCAAGCCCGUCAGGUAGCUGUGGAGCAGGGAAGCGAGGAAUGGGACAUGAUGAAUGUGCUUAGCGGCUGCAUCACUGUUGCCGCCGCCGCUCUCGCGGAUGCUGGUAUUGACUGUGUCGAUACUGUCUCUGGAGGUGUUGCGGCUUUGGUGUCUGGGGCGGACAAUGAUGAACCCAUCAUGGUGCUCGAUCCAGUUCCUUCUGAACAUUCACAAAUACUCGCAGCUUGCUGUGUAGCCUAUCUUCCCUCCCGAGACGAAAUCACAAAUCUCUGGCUGAAGGGAAGCUUGCCUUCAUCAGACGCCAGUCUGCAUCGCGACCUUGUCGCCCGUGCCGUACAUGCAAGCAAAGGAGCCAAUCUUGCAGUAGCUGCAUCACUGAAAGAAUCAGUCAUCGUGGGUUGA